AUGGUUCAGCAGAAAAUCAAACAGUUGCUUCUUGGGAAAGGGUUUUUUGGAUUAUCCAGCAACUUGCCAUUUCGUCUGAGAAAGCAAAGCUGUCAACUAUUAACACUUCAACUCUUGACACAGUUUCAGCCACAAACUUCUCUGCAAACUGCAACACAUCAGUCUUAUGAAAAAACUGCUUUUGAACACUACCAAAAUACAGCUUCUGUCAACCACCAAAAAAUAAAUGAUGUAGGUCAUUCUCUUCCUCAUAUACACUGUCUGGUGUUGUGUCUCCCUGGUGGUGUGUUUGUGGAAAAGGUGUUUUAG